AUGCCUCCAAUCACUCAUGCUCACAACCGUAAAGAUACCCCCCAUCCACGCAGGGGUAUUUUGGAAAGGGGUCCUGCACGGCCUCGACGAUUUUUACAUCUCCGAGCGCCGUCUUCUCCUCUUGUAUCAUCUUCACCUCUUCCAUCAUCGCCAUCUCCCCUGCCUUUGCAAGGAUCCAAUCUAUUCCCAGGCUAUCCCAGCUCCAGUCUCGACUCAUCGCAUCUUGACCCUGCCAGUGGGGAUCGCAGCCCCAACGGUGAGAUUGCGCACAAGCUACCGAAAUCAUGCUUGAUGCAGCCAUUGACCCAUGUUGUAGGACAAACCGCAUCUCAGGCGAUUCCCAUCAUAGAAGACGAGAGCGAUGCGGUCGUCCGAGACACUUCGCCAGACCUGUCGUACGAUGCCACUUUGAAGAGACUUUCUGCAAUCACAUGUUUGCGAGAGCGGUUUCACAAUAAUGACGUAGACUCGUCAACAGACAACAUGCUCGACGAGAGUGAUGAUGAUGCCGACGCGGAACAUGAAGUUGACGGCAAACCGUGGCCUCAUGAAGAUGAAUCUGACGAUUCUACUCUGGGAUUUGUAUCUCGCUGCGCUAAGGAAUACGAGGAAGAAGAAAAGCAAGACAUCUUCGAUAAUGGCAACUCAGGGGAUGAAGAUGAGCUCGCAGCUGAUGCGGGUAUUGCCGAAUGGGCUCAUUGCGAUGACGAAACUGAUCUUGAGGAUAUGAAUAUAGACCUUGACGACCAUUACAUUCGCCAACGCUCCCACAUUGACGACACCAUCAUCGAUCCUGUCCCUGAAGCAUCGGAUGCAAUCCAAGGCGGUGGAGCUGCGGUAAACCAGACAGGAACUGGAAAUUCAUUCGCAGAUUUUUUCAAGAUACAGCUGCGAGUCUCUUGCCUAGACAGGAAGGAAAAUGUGCAACUCUGGAAGAUAUUCGAGUUGGAGGAGACUAAGCGUCACGUGGAUGCCGGACUCGCGGCUGCCUUGAGAAAAAAGCAGAUCAUUGCCAAGGAAAAGAGCAGAGUUUUGUCUGAGAUGGUGCUACAGCAAGGAAUUUUUGAGGUCUCUGAGGAUCUGUGGCAAGCAUAUACAGAGUUCUGCGAAUCGCUCGAACCUGAGUUUGGAAGUCGUGGUGGUUGGUCAAUCACCUGCCACUGGGACCACAAUGGUUCCUACGUCAAUUACGACCCUGACCUCAGUCUCUUCAGAGAGCAUACCGACAUGCCAUAUUGGGACUGUAAUUUCCGCUGUGAAGCAAGCACGAUCAAGCCUUACAUUAACGCACUAGCUGAGCACGUGGUCGAGUUCUGGCCUGUGCAGUCUCCUGAGCCUCUGCCCUUCUCUGGUGCCAACACGACUUGGGGCAAGAAAUAUACAGAACUAUAUAGACUUGCAUCUGAAGCGGCUUGCAGAGGAUCCGAAGUAGCCAUGGAUAUGCUCGUUGCGCUCCCAGACCAACACGCAUCAUGUCAUGGAGGCUGGCUGUUUGAAUAUGGGUUCGCGGAAGAGCUCAAGGACCACCCGGUGAAGUCAAGAAGAUGGACUUACAGGACCGCACGCAUGAUCGACGUCCCUGUUGAUCCCGCUCGCAAGCGGGAACGGCUGGAGGCAUUCCUCGUGCCUGAGCUGUUCUCGGAUGACUAG